GUUUGGGAAACGUAAAGUUACCAGUUUCCAGCAAGAGCCAACAGGAAGAGUGGAAGUCCACUAUGAGAGGAUGGUUUAACCCAAAAGACAAAGAGAGGAGGACCAACCCUUGAUUGGAUUGUUUGAGGAUGUGGGAUGGUGUGCAGCAGACCUGACAUCCAGGUGUGAUCCCAGGCAGAAGGGGGUCCAAUGGCCACUGCAAAUUAUGACCCCCACUUGGGCGAAGGCCCAUCUGGGGACUCGGAGAUCCUCCUUGAUGAUUCUGACUCAGGGAGCGUCCUUUCUGAUGACUCAGUCCUUCCUGAAUAUGAAACGGAUGAAAAGUAUACAGAGCCACCCAAAACGUUGUAUGAGGCCUGUGCCAGAAAUGCCAGCGUAUCCCUGCGCCGGAUCCUGGAGAGAGGAGUAACAAAGGAAGAGGCCAUGGAGCUGGACAUCAACGGCAGGAAUGGUCUGAUGCUGGCUGUAAGCAAGGGCUUUGUAGACAUUGUCACGAUGCUGCACACGUGUCCAUUCAUAGACAUCAACCACCAAGACAAUGAUGGCAACACUGCUCUCAUGAUAGCUGCCCAGGCAGGCUUCAUCACCAUUCUGAACUACACCCUCAACUUCUUCUCGGGUGUGGACACUGAGGUCAGAGACCCUCGUGGCUUCACAGCCCUCAUCAAGGCAGGCCUGCAAGGCCGAGAAGAAUGUGUGUCCGCCCUGCUUAUGCAUGGUGCAGAUAUGAAUGCAAUGGACCUGGUCCAAGAGAGAGGUCUGAAGGAUUGGGUUCUUAGGACAGGAAGGUUCGAGACUCUUUUGCGACUACGGCGCCUGCAGGCUCACCCUGUUGCUGAGCAGUUCUGUGAAAGCUACAUUCCCGAGUGGCCCGAGCUGAAGCAACUUGUAGCAAAGGCCACAAGCAGCAAAUCAGCCAGUCAGAAGCUGAGGCAGCGCAUUAAAGACAGCCUUACUUUUAACUUCCCACAUGACCCAGAGGACAACGGGGUGUUGGACCACAUGGUUCGGAUGACUACCAGCAUCCACAGCCCCCUUGUAGCAACAGGUUGCAGACCCCUCUGUCCCUCCAGCCCCCCAGAGAUCGGCAAGCGUCGGUAUGCCAUCCCUGAACUGCUUGAAAAGCACAGCAUUAAGGAGUUAGAGGAGAGCACAGUAUCUCACAGUAAAGGCUUCUUCACCUCUGCUCCUCCCACUGCUGUGUCAGCCACAUCUGUGUCUCUGACCUCCUGCUGCCAGGACUCAGAGCGAAGAGAGAGCAUACCAUCAGGAGGCAUGAGGAGCUACAUUCCUCGCAACGUGGCACACAGAAACAGCAUCUUCCCCUCGGGCUGUGUUCCCAAGAUUGAGGUGACAAAAUCUGGAGAGCCCACUCCAAAGAAAGAGAAAAAGAAGAAGAGGCAGAGGGGCUACCUGGAGCCUCCAGUGUGGAAGUACAAGGAAGCCAAGGAGGAGAAGAAGAGGGAGAAAAAGCAACAACAGGGAAAGGAAAAAGAAAAAGAAGAUAAAAAAAUGAAGGGGUCCAAACGCUCAAAAUAAGGAAUUAUGGGAAUUUCACUGUGAUAAUUUCAAGCAUGAGUGAUGACAUGUGUGAUUACAAACACCAUGACACAAGUUUAAAAGACGGAAAAGGAACUCCAAAGGUUUGGAAAUGAGCAGUUGACAGAUUAAACCCACUGAUUAGUUGUGAUUUAUUUCAGCUUUGAAAGCUGAACAUUUCUAUGGUGCACUGUGACAUGUCAUAUGCAGACAUUACACAAACACUGACUGUUGACUUCUACACAAAUAUUUCUUUUGGGAAAAAAACUCAAUAUUUAUGAGGAACACUGUGAAUGUUUUCUAAGUAGGGUGCCAUCUUAUUAAUAACCAAAGCGAUAGCAAAUACUGUGUAUUUUAGUUAGUUAAACGGAGUUGAAUGGAGGGAAUGACAUAAACAUAUUAAACUCUGAUUUGUUCCUCUACAGCAAAUGCUUAAAGAGAAAAUGGCUGCUAACCAACUGUUAUAAGUCUCAGUCUCAGUCUUCAAUGGGAGUACCUCAUUAAACAAAGUGUUGUAUAAAUUGGAUUGAGGAAGUAAUGGGGGGAUUGUAUGCUUGCAGUCUCUUGCAUACCCACCAGUUGAAGGCAAACCCAUAUUAUCAAGAAUGCAUUUUUUUGUUUAGCUAAUAACAAUCUAUUGGUAUAAAAACAUGUCUGAGGGUUUAGUGCCGUCUGCAGUCCAGAGUUGAGAUAAUUUAUUGCCAAUCCAAAAACUCUUCUUGAGCUAAUUAUUUGAGCUGUUUCGUUUCACUUUUUAAAACUCUAAUUCAGCAAUGGUUUGUUCCAUUGUACAGUUCGGCCAUUCAGUUGUUCUCACAAAUUCAGAAACAGGAAGUGAAACAAGGCUAUGGAACAGGUCUCACGCUAUGACCAAAACUGCCAAGCAAGUAGACAAAUCCUACAAUCCCUCAAACACUAAGAGCUGAGCAAAGUAGAGGCUACCUUUGAGCUUAAAACUCUGAACUGAGACUCAGAAUAAUACAUCUUUGAUUUUUUUUUUUU